CGCCAGUCACACUGAAAUACUACUGUCUCGGGCGCAUCGUAUUUAAUUUCUCUGCUAAUUUGUAUUCACUUAAACCUAAUUUACGUACCAAAAUCAAGAGAACAGAAUCAAGCUGGCGGAGAAAAAGGUCCAAAUGGCUUUAUGCCAAACCUCUGUGCUGAAGGUCUAUCACGCCGUGAUCGAGGAUGUCAUCACAAAUGUGAGGGAUGCCUUCCUGGACGAGGGCGUUGACGAGCAGGUGCUGCAGGAGAUGAAGCAGAUUUGGCGCAACAAGCUGCUGGCAAGUAAGGCCGUUGAAUUGACCCCGGACCCGAGCGAGGGUGGCUCCCAUCCGCCGCCAAUAGUGGCCAACAAUCCAAAGGUAAGCAAGAGCACCAAGGCUGCCAAUGCCAAGGCCAAGAAGGCCGCCGCAGCCACUUCACAGAGCAGCUCCUCGGCGUCGGCGAUGGCGGCAAAGUCGCCCGCAGCUGCUGCUGCUGCUGGGAGUGGCCUAAAGAACGGACAGAUGCCCAUCAAACAGGAAGUCACGUCACAGAAUCCUCCGCCACUGCAUCCCACGUCGGGGGGAUCCAUGCCCCAGAGACAACAAGCAUCCGGCGGUGGACAGACACCCAUUCCAAUUGUGGCCUCGCUGGACCCCAACCGCAUUAUGCCCGUGAAUAUUACACUGCCUUCGACGGCCGGUUCGGGCAGCUCGGAAUCUCGUGUUCUCACCAUACAAGUGCCCGCAUCGGCGCUGCAGGAGAAUCAGCUCACCCAAAUACUUACAGCCCAUCUGAUUUCAUCCAUCAUGACGUUGCCCACCACCCUGGCCUCCUCAGUGCUGCAGCAACACGUGAAUGCGGCACUCACCAGUGCCAAUAUCCAGAAAAAUAUGGGUGCUUCAAAGCAGCUGGAUGGCGCCCUGGACUCGUCCGAUGAGGAUGAGAGCGAGGAGAGUGACGACAACAUCGACAACGAUGAUGACGAUGAUCUGGACAAGGACGAUGACGAGGAUGUGGAGCACGAGGAUGCCGCCGAGGAGGAGCCCCUCAACAGCGAGGACGAUGUCACCGAUGAAGAUUCUACAGAAACGUUUGACACAGAUAACGUCAUCGUUUGCCAGUACGACAAGAUCACUCGGUCCCGCAACAAAUGGAAAUUCUAUCUCAAAGAUGGCAUCAUGAACAUGCGGGGCAAGGACUAUGUGUUCCAGAAGUCCAAUGGAGACGCCGAGUGGUAAACGGAAUGGAGGAGACGCUGAUCUAAAACCGGCGGCAGCAGCAGUGUUGAUACUACAAAAAAAAAAGACAAGAAAACAAAGAGCCUCAUCCGCACGACACAGACACACAGAGAGCAUGACCAAGCGAAGAUAUCUUUAAAUAUUAUAUAUAUAUAUACUAUUAGAUCCAUCUGUUUUGUAUACGCUAGCCGAAGAGCCCCCCCAAGAAGAGUGGCCCCAAUCUAAACCAAUCCGAUUCACGAUUCACAUGUAUUACACGCAGGAUAAAGAAUCGCAUUAAUUUUUGUAUGAAUAAAUUCCGAGCACCCACUUGUGGCCAUUAAACGUACCAGUUGUCAUCAGUGCUCAUCAAU